AUGGCGGCGUUCGGCGCGGAACGCUGGGUGAGCGAGUUGCCGAACCACACGAUCUUCAGGCGGAUCCGGGAGAGGUCGGACCGGGACCGGGACCGGGAGCGGGCCCGGGGCGAGAGGGGGGUCGCCAAGAACCUGACCUUCUGCCUGGGGGGCGACCUGUUCGUGUGGGACGACGCGGAGCGGAGGUUCCUCACCACCAACCUGCGGCAGCUGAACGCGGAGCCGGAGGGGGGACUGGGGGACUGUGGUGGUGGUCUCUCUGGCUGUCAGACCCUCCUGUGCACCGACCCGCCGCUGUUCGAGGUGACCCGGGUCUCUCUGAGUCCCACCGGGCACCACGUCGCCCUGGUGGGCCAACGCGGGGUCUCGGUGCUGGAGCUCCCGCAGCGCUGGGGCAAGAGGAGCGAGUUCGAGGGCGGCCGCAGCGAGAUCCAGUGCACCACGCUCCCGGUGGCGGAGCGGUUCUUCACCAGCUCGCAGGCCGUGAGUCUCCGCCAGGCCGCCUGGUACCCGAGCGACCGCGACGAGCCGCUCCUGGUGCUGCUCACCUCCGACAACACGCUCCGCUUCUACGGCCUCAAGUCGCCCCACACGCCGGUGAGAGUCCUGCCGCUGUCUCAGUCCGAUGAUGGAAGCAGCGGCCAUCCUCCGGUCUGCUCCUACGCCGCCUCGCUGGGGGAGAUCGCGGUGGCGUUCGACUUCGGGCCGGUGUCGCCUCCUCCCCGGCAGCUGGCGGCCCGGUUCCCCAAGGAGCAGCUGGUGUACCCCCUGUACAUCCUCUACGAGAACGGGGAGACCUACGUGAGCUACACCAGCCAGACCACCGGGGUGACCCUGAGCAAACCCGUGGGCCCCCUGCCCAUGUACCCGGCAGCAGAGGACAACUACGGCUACGACGCUUGUGCCAUCCUCUGCCUGCCAUGUGUGCCCAGCAUCCUGGUCAUCGCCACGGAGACGGGCACCCUGUACCACUGUGUGGUGCUGGAGCCCGAGGAGGAGGAGGAGACGCGGGCGGUGGAGAAGUGGAUCCGAGGCGCCGAGGCUGUCCCGGCUCUCUACGUGUUCGAGUGCGUGGAGCUGGAGCUCACGCUGAAGGUGGCGACCGGGGAGGACGAGGAGCCCCCGGAGUUCGACUUCACCUGCCCCAUCCGGCUGCACCGGGACCCCCUGUGCCAGCACCGGUACCACUGCACCCACGAGGCCGGCGUGCACAGCGUGGGCCUGAUCUGGGUCAACAAGCUGCAGAAGUUCCUCCAGUCCAAGGAGGAGGAGAAGGACAGUCUCCAGGAGCUGGCUGCCGAGAAGCGCUGCAUCGUGGAGCACAUCCUCUGCACCAGGCCGCUCCAGACCAGUCAGUCGGCUCCGGUGCUCGGCUUCUUGAUCGUGUCUGACCUUUCCCUCGGCGCCACCAUGAUCUGCAUCACCAGCGCCUACGAGUGCAUCCUCCUGCCCCUGCUGAGCUCCAUCCGCCCCCCCUCGCCCUCUCUGCUCUGCUCCCACCUCGGCCCGGGCUCGGUGAACUCGCCUCUGCGCGGGCUGGCCAACGACUCCUUCGAGCAGCACAUCCGCAACAUCCUGGCCCGGAGCUCCACCAACCCCCUGGUGCUGAAGGCCGGAGACAAGGACACGUCCCCGGCCCCCCAGGAGUGUCUGCAGCUCCUCAGCAGAGCCACGCAGGUCUUCCGCGAGGAGUACAUCCUCAAGCAGGACAUGGCCCGCGAGGAGAUGCAGAGACGAGUCAAGCUCCUGACGGGCCAGAAGAAGAAGCAGCUGGAGGAGCUGGCUCUGUGCACGGAGGAGAGGAGGAGUCUGACGGACGCGGCGGAGAGGCUGGCCGACAAGCACGAAGACGCAAAGUAUCGUCAGGAAACCAUCAUGAACAGGGUCAAGAAGGUGCUGGUCAGCGUGCAGAGCCAGCUGCCCGUCCUGUCCAACAGCGAGAAGGACAUGAAGAAGGAGAUGCAGACCAUCAGCGACAAGCUGAAGCACCUGGACAACUGCAUCAAGCAGGUGAACAUGAAGAUGGAAUACCAGAAGACGCAGGUGGACAAGGACGCGCCGGCGGCCAGGACAUCGGUCUCACUCAACGCCCAGCAGAAGAAGGUGGUGCAGGACGUCCUCAGGGAACAGGGACAGCAGAUCGGGGACAUGAUGAAGCAGAUAAAGGACAUCAAGAACCACUUCAGUUUCUGAGCUCCGUGGACAUCACCAGAAAUGGG